AUGGAUGAACUAGAUCAUUUUAAGAGCACCAUAACUGUAACAGGGUCUAAAGAAGAUGUGGAAAGAUUUAUUAAUGAAUUCAAAGCAUCAGCUAUCAGAAUUAAAGGAAAAGAUAAUUUGUGUAUAUGCCAGUUCGUAGAUCCACUCCCAACAUUCGUAUACUACAGUGAUGGCUACUAUCAUAAAGUAGAAAAUAGACCUCUUACUCAAAAAGAAAGAUUAAUUUAUGCAAACUCAAAGAAUUAUAUGGAAAAUUUUUGGGGAAUCGUACACGGCUGUGUCGAUGGUAGGUUAAUACGUGUAAACGAAAAUAAGGUGAAGUUUAAGUAUUGGACUCCUCUUACUAUGAUUUCACCAAGAAUCUUAAUUUUGCUUCAUAACAAGUAUCCAAAUGUUACUAUUGACUUUAAGGGAAAGGAUGAUAUUGAAUUUAUUCCAGGAAACGAACUUAAACCUGUUGAAUAUAGCAUUCCGGGAGGCUCUCCUUUAGCUGAUGUUGCGGAACUUGAUAGAGUUCAAUUAGAAGUUUACCGGCGAGAGAAGGAACGACUCCAAAACUCCUUUUUUAACUCAUUCAGAAAUUAA